AUGUACCCGCGUCUUAGUUUGAGCUGGGGUCCGCGCUCCGGUCCUUACUCCAGCCUGAGUUCCGCUGUGCGGUCCGGUUCUCACUCCAACCUGCGCUCCUACCUCCCGCGGUUUAGUCCGAGCUCCAGUCCGCGGUCCGUUCCGUACUCCAGCCUGCGCUCCGCGGUCCAGCCCGCGGCUUACCCGCGGUUUAGUCCGAGCUCCGCUCCGCGGUCCGUUCCUUACUCCGGCCUGCGCUCCGCUCUGCGGUCCGUUCCUUACUCCGGCCUGCGCUCCGCUCCGCGCUCCAGCCCGCGGUUUAGUCCGAGCUCCGCUCCGCGGUCCGUUCCUUACUCCGGCCUGCGCUCCGCUCUGCGGUCCGUUCCUUACUCCGGCCUGCGCUCCGCUCCGCGCUCCAGCCCGCGGUUUAGUCUGAGCUCCGGUCCGCGUUCCGUUCCUUACUCCGGCCUGCGCUCCAGCCCGCGGUUUAGUGUGAGCUCCGGUCCGCGGUCCGGUCCUUGCCGCAGCCUGCGCUCCGCGCUCCAGCCCGCGGCUUACUCUGAGCUGGGUCCCUACUCCGGCCUGAGCUCCGGUCCUUACCCCAACCUGCGCUCCGCUCCGCGAUCCAGCCCGCGGUUUAAUCCGAACUCCGCCUGCGCUCUGCGGUUUAGUCCGCGCUCCGCUCCGCGGUCCGCUCCUUACCCCAACCUGCGCUCCGCUCCUCCUUACUCCGGCCUGAGCUCCGGUCCUUACCCCAACCUGCGCUCCGCUCCGCGAUCCAGCCCGCGGUUUAAUCCGAGCUCCGCCUGCGCUCCGCGGUCCAGCCUGCGGCUUAGUCUGAGCUGGGGUCCGCGGGCCGCUCCUUACCCCAAUCUGCGCUCCGCGGUCCAGCCCGCGGCUCAGUUUGAGCUCCGCUCCGCGUUCCACCCGCGCUUUAGUCCGAGCUCCGCUCCGCGUUCCGUUCCUUACUCCGGCCUGCGCUCCGCUCCGCGAUCCAGCCCGCGGUUUAAUCCGAGCUCCGCCUGCGCUCCGCGGUCCAGCCUGCGGCUUAGUCUGAGCUGGGGUCCGCGGGCCGCUCCUUACCCCAAUCUGCGCUCCGCGGUCCAGCCCGCGGCUCAGUUUGAGCUCCGCUCCGCGUUCCAGUCCGUGCUCCGUCCGCGCUCCGGCCCGCGUUCCAGUCCUUACUCCGGCCGGAGCUCCGGUCCUUACCCCAACCUGCGCUCCGCUCCGCGAUCCAGCCCGCGGUUUAAUCCGAGCUCCGCCUGCGCUCCGCGGUUUAGUCCGCGCUCCGCUCCGCGGUCCGCUCCUUACCGCAACCUGCGCUCCGCGCCCGCGGUCGGCGGUGCAUCCCCGCGGCGGAGAUGCGGCGGGGCCGGGGGGCGGGGGCCGGGGCGGCUCCCGCGGGGCGCCGCUGAUGGGGCGGCUGAUGCGCAUGAUCCCGGGGGCCCCGGGGGCGGCGGGGGCGGCGGCGGGGGCCCCGCCGACACCAUGUUCCCCGGGACCCGGCGGAGCCGCAGCCUGUGGGACGCCGUGCGGCUCGAGCUGGGCGCCGCCGGCCCCUGCCCCGUCGUGCUCAACAGUUUCACCCAGCUGGACCCCGACCUGCCCCGACUCGAGAGCUCCACACAGGAGAUUGGGGAAGAGCUGGAGGAUGGGGCCAUCUACAGCAUCUCGCUCCGCAAGUUGCAGCUCCACCACACUGCCAACAAGGGACAGCGGUGGCUGGGGUUUGAGAACGAGUCCGCGCUGAACCUGUACGAGACUUGCAAGGUGCGGACCAUCAAGGCUGGGACACUGGAGAAGCUGGUGGAGUAUUUGGUGUCGGCCUUCAAGGGUAAUGACUCGACCUAUGUCACCGUCUUCCUGUGCACUUACCGUGCCUUUGCCACCACCAAGCAAGUCCUGGAUCUGCUGCUCAACAGGUAUGGCCGCCUCCACGCCCAGGCCAAUGGGGACCACGGCCGGCAUGGCUCAGAUGAUCGGCUGGAGCUGAAGAACACCGUCUCCUCCAUCCUGGGCGCCUGGCUGGACCAGUACUCGGAGGAUUUCCGCCAGCCGCCAGACUUCUCCUGCCUCAAGCAGCUGGUCGCCUAUGUCCGCCACAACAUCGCUGGCUCCGACCUGGAGCGCCGGGCACGCCUCCUCUUGGCCCAGUUCCAGCGGCAGGAGCACGGCGCAGCCGAGCCGGAAGCAGCAGCGGUGGAGGCGGAGGCGGCGGAGCCCGUGGAGGCCGAGAGCUGUCCCUUCCAGGCGGCUGAGGAAAACGGUCUGGGAGAGGGGAAGCCAGAAUUCCUGACCUUCUCCCCGGAGAUGGUGGCAGAGCAGUUCACUCUGAUGGACGCGGAGUUAUUUAAGAAGGUGGUGCCCUACCACUGCCUGGGCUGUAUCUGGUCCCAGAGGGAUAAGAAGGGCAAAGAGCACCUGGCACCUACCAUCCGGGCCACCGUCUCCCAGUUCAACUGCGUCACCAACUGCGUGAUCGCCACCUGCCUGGGGGACCGGACCCUGAAGGCCCAACAGAGGGCCAAGGUGGUGGAGCGCUGGAUCGAGGUGGCCCGGGAGUGCAGGAUCCUCAAAAACUUCUCCUCCCUGCGAGCCAUCCUCUCCGCUCUGCAGUGCAACGCUGUCCACCGGCUGAAGAAGACCUGGGACGAGGUGACUCGGGAGAGCUUCCGCACCUUCCACGAGCUGUCGGAGAUCUUUUCGGAUGAAAACAACCACUCCCUCAGCCGGGAACUUCUCAUCAAGGAGGGGACUUCGAAAUUCGCCACCCUGGAAAUCAACCCCAAGAGAGCUCAGAAGAGGCAGCAGCAGCAGCGGGAGAUGGGCGUAAUGCAGGGCACCAUCCCCUACCUGGGCACCUUCCUCACGGAUCUGGUGAUGCUGGACACAGCCAUGAAGGACUACCUGGAUGGUGGCCUGAUCAACUUCGAAAAGAGGAGAAAGGAGUUUGAAGUGAUCGCACAAAUCAAAUUACUCCAGUCAGCCUGUAACAACUACAGCUUCACCCCAGCUGAGCUCUUCGGGGACUGGUUCCGGGGUGUGGAGAAGCUCAGCGAGGCUGAGAGCUACAGCCUGUCCUGUGAACUGGAGCCCCUGUCAGAAUCGGCCAGCAACACCUUGAAGGCCAAGAAAAACACUGGAAUCAUCAAACGCUGGAGCGACCGGCAGGCCCCCAGUGCCGAGCCCAGCACCAGUGGCAGCUCCCACUCGAAGUCGUUUGACCAGCUCAAGUGCGGACCCUACCUAUGCAGCGGAGACGCCGCUGACUCCCUCAGCGUCACUUCGGCCGGUUCGUCCAGCUCCGACGUGGAGGAGAUCAACAUCACCUUCGUCCCCGAGUCGCCCGACUGCCAGGAGAAGAAGUUCUGGGAAUCGACGUCCCUGUCGUCCCUGGACACGUCGGGCAUUGGCUCUGGCUCCAGCAGUGCCUCGUCCUCCUCCGUUUCCUCCACGCCGGUGGCCGCCUCCCGCACCCACAAGCGCUCUGUCUCGGGCAUUUCCAGCUACUCCUCCCUCUCCCUCCCCCUGUACAACCAGCAGAUUGACGACUGCUGCAUCAUCCGCGUCAGCCUGGCAGUGGACAAUGGCAACAUGUACAAGAGCAUCCUGGUGACUAGCCAGGACAAGACCCCAGUGGUGAUCCGGAAGGCCAUGGCCAAACACAAUCUGGAUGGGGACCAGCCGGAGGACUAUGAGCUGGUGCAGAUCAUCUCCGAGGAGAGAGAGUUGAAGAUCCCCGACAAUGCCAACGUCUUCUACGCCAUGAACUCUGCUGCCAACUACGACUUCGUCCUGAAGAAGAGAGGCUUCAGCAAGGGGGUGAAGGUCAGACACGGAGCCAGCUCCACCCUUCCCAGGAUGAAACAGAAGGGACUCAAGAUCGCCAAGGGGAUCUUCUGACCUGACCUGACACUCCUCCCUCCAGCUGUCCACCCGCCCCGGGGGGUGGGGGCGGCUCCGGGCCUUCCCGCCACCCCCAGCCCCUGUGGCCAUCGGGCGAAGCCUGAGAGGAGCCCCUGGGCCCUCAAAUCAGCACUUGGUGAAACCGGGCAGGAACGCCCCGGGGGUGGAUCGAGGCCGGGGCGGGGGCAGGGGCUCGCCCCGGCCGGACAGAGACUCUUUGUAGAACUUCAGGUUUCCUUGGGACUUGUUCUAAGCGGUUUGCUUUUAUUCGCUGCCCGGUAUGAAGCCUCGGGGACCCAGGCUGACCGGUCCCACGAGCCGCCCCUGUGCCUUAGGUGCCUUUCUGCUUUCCAAGAAGCAGAGGACUGGACGAUUGCCAAGGAACGUUGCCAACGGGCACCGUCUCCUGCCCAUCCCUGCCUUCCUGCCUGUGAGGACAGACGAGCCAGGCCAGGGGGGAGGCACACGGGCGCUGCACUUCGGACCAAUCCCUCCCCGUUCGGGGCUGAGGGCCCCUGCCCACGGGGCACUCGACUGGCACUACCCUCUUUGACUUUGACUGUUUCCUUCCCACUCUCCUCCCUGUCCACCCUGCAGACCGUUCCUGUACCAUGCCAUCUCACCACCACCCUAUGCUCUCGUGUCCCCUCACCAGCCCUCCGCCUCACCUCUCCACGGUCACUUUUUAGUGAAGUUUUCUCACUUUUCCCUCCCCGUCCUGCGCCACCAGCCUGAUGCCAGAGCUCCAGCCUUUCUGACCUGCACCAAAGAUCCCAUCCCCAGGGACUCUGUCGCAAUGCACAUCCCAGCGAGGAGACCACCCAGGGAAGGAGCCGGGCCACUCGCCCUCCGGCGGCACUUUGUAAAUAGAGACAGACGCACGACUCACCUGGGCCGGGGCUGGGACGGGGUGGGGGCCGCGCCGACCCGGGACUCUGCCACUCACUCAACAAAAUGCCACUGACGCUGGGCUUUCUAGAUUUCACAUGAUGAGGAGGGGACGGGGAGCUGGGGUCGGGGGAGGGGAAGUUACUGGAUUUUUUUUUGUAAAAAAAGAAAUGUUUACUGACUUUUGGGGGGGCGAUAUUUAUUGGAUGUAAAUAGAGAACGUUAGACCUGUACAUUCUACUAAAUCCUGUUACACCACUGGA